AUGGUGUCAGCCUCCACAUCCUCGGUGCAGGAGAAAGCUACGACUGUGGCCACUCCCCAGCUUCAGCACCCAGAGCUGAUCCAGAAGAUUGUCCAGGAGGGUGUUCUCCUCGGCGGCGGCGCAACAGCCAUUCUCCUCCAGGUCGCCAACCCAGGCGUAGGCAAAGGCGUGGACAACCACAGCAACUUUGCCUACCGGCCACUUGACCGGCUGCGCACCACCAUGACAUUCGUCUACUGCAUGACGUUUGGCACGCCCGAAGAAAAGCGCCAGGUCGUCGAGAUGGUGCACCGCGCCCACGCCGCCGUCAAGGGCGCCGACUACGACGCCAACGACCCAGACCUACAACUGUGGGUCGCCGCCACGCUCUACGCGGUGGCCAUCGAGAUGUACGAGGAGAUUUUUGGCGAGAUGGACGCCGCCACGGCGGAACGUAUCUACCGCGAGUACGCCGUGCUCGCGGUCGCGCUGCGCGUGCGCCCGGAGCAGUGGCCGGCGGAUCGCAAGGCAUUCUGGGUGUACUGGGACCAGAAGAUCGCGACGAUGGAGAUCACCGACAGCGCGAAGCGCGUCGCCGCCGAGCUCCUGAACAACAAACACUUGCCUCUGUACUUCCGCGUCCUCAUGCCCUGGGUGCGCCUCAUCACGGCAGAGCUCCUGCCGGCUCGUAUCCGCGACGCCUACGGGUUGAAAACGAACAAGACCCGGCGCGCCGCCUACAAGGCCACGGUGAGUUUUGCGCGUGCAACGUAUCCAUUCAUGCCCAAGUUUGUGCGCACGUUCCCCAAGCGGUACUAUCUCAAGGACAUGCGCCGUCGGCUGCAGAGCAUGGAAAAGGUGAUAUAG